ACUCUCCCAUCCUGCGGAGCGGGGGGUGGGUAUCUCCCCGCCGCCGCCUGAGGAAUGUCAACUAUUCAACAUGGAGACGGCGGUUACCAGGCUCGAGACCCUGUUCCAGAAGGCAGAAUCUGAUCUGGAUUAUAUUCAACACAGGAUGGAGUUUGAAAUAAUGAAAAGUCUUCCUGAUAAUCCAGCAGCGGAGGAAAAUCCAUUUGCAAUCUUGGAAGAACUCUCAGUGGUGAAAUCUCGUUAUCAAACGUUAUGUAUGCAGCUGGAAAAAGUUUACAGAGAACAGAGAGAAUCCAUGGAGGGCAUCCGUGCUGCUCUGGAGAACACAAUGAUGAUGAUUCAGGAAUUACAGCAAGAUACUGAUCUGGAGAGCUUACCUCUGUCAGAAGAAGAACGGGCUGCAGCACGGCAGUUAAGCUGCCGAAAUGCUGAACAAAGGGAAUCGCUAGUGGAAGAGCGUAGCACUGAGUGUUCCACGGGUGAACAGUAUGAAAGCCACUGACUCAGGAAUACGAAUCGUGAAAGAACUUGCUAUUGUGGAACUUGACAAACAAGGAAAUGCUAAAUUAGUUGUGUAAAUGUAAGCUCAGUCCAUUCUCAUUUGACACACAAGCGUCUUGGUCAUAGUUCCUGGAUUCUUUACAAGCAAGUAUUUCUGUGGUAUCUAGGAGUUUUAAGUCCACUGUUGGAAAGCUGUUCUUGUUUCUGUAUACAAAUUCUCUUUAUAAUACUUAAAAUUGCGGAGUUAAACACAUCGCGGUUGGUAUUUUAUCUUGGAUAUUUAUAGGACUAUAGUCAACACAUCUUUGAAGAGUAUUGGUAGCCAUGUGACACUUCCAUAUUCUUGCUUACAUUCCUGAGUUGUGUUUUUAAGGCAAGUAGCCCAAGCCACUUAAUUGUACUUACAUUCCUGAAUAAAUGAUAAAAGCUAA